ACAACUCCAUAUUAAUAGUAUUCAAGCCCUAAUAAAAUUACGCGCGUUUCUAGUAGGCCGAAAGACCUAUGACGUGAUAAUAUAAUAAUGCAUCUAUAAUAGGUAAAUGCGUCUUGCCUUUGAAGGAAAAAGAGGAAAAUUUGAGCGAUCCAAGGAAACACGCAAUGCAUUCAAAAAUAAGUGAAACAAUGAAAAAAAUGUAUAGCUUUUUGACUCAUAAUACUGUGUGCAUAGGAGCGUAAGUAAGCCGUAAUAAGCCGUGAUUAACAUCGUUCCGGAAAUCAAAGGCUAUCGUAAUUCAGCUUCGGAUCAUUUUCUAUAAAAUUACAUUACUUUUUUAAUGCUUGUGCCUGCUCCUUCGCCGCCAGGAAGUGGGCCAGGAAGGACAUAUUGAAAGAACUUGCAUAUUCCUUUAUAUAUGAAACAUCUUCAGCUCACUAGCUAGCGCAGUCAUACAAUGCAUGUGUUUUUUUCGCGUUAAAACGAAUCUAUUUUUGAAAACGUAUAGACCUUCAUGUGUUCACUUUAUGUGACGAUUUAUGUAAUAACGUGUCGGAGCUUUGUCAGAUUGUGUUUCUUCAAAGAUUUAGAACUGCCUCACUUCCCAAUAAAUCAUUUGUACCUUGAUGACCCGAUACGAACUGUUGCAGUUAUGAUAGCUAGGACCUGUCGUGCGGGGUAUUCUAGCGCUUAUUGCUCUCCCACCGAUGGCUCAACUAAGCCCAGCCCUAUUGAGCAACUAUAACAGUACGAAGACGAAGUAAAGGGAUGAAAUGCACAGGCCACUCACUACUACGUUUGAAAACAUGCGCAAAUUUGAAGACUAUUUUAUGAGUAAAGAUGUUCUUCGAUGGCCUUUUCAAAAUUAUUCCUAAUUUAAAACCAUAAACGGUAACCAUUCGUAAAACACAUAAGAAGUAAACAUAUGAACUAAUGCAUGAAAAAAGUCGUAAUUUUAACCCGUACUACGAACCAUUCCUACAUAUAACAACAUUAAUAGCGAAUCAUUCUCAUUUCCACCUUGAUAGAGAAUUCCGAAAGCAAGGCUCAUGUUCCGUGGCCUUUUGAAAUCAGUUUGAGGUGUAUUUGAUCUAUCCGGCCGCUGGCAGCCUUUUUUUCUAUUAAAGCCGUCUUUUGGCUUUGGUAUUGUUCUCGUUAUUCUUCUACCCUCUCACUUUUUCUCUCUUUUUUUUCACGCUAUCAUCACGCGUACGACUUCACUCACAUGUUAUGAAUUUGCACGCAAGUCUCAGAAUCAGGCCGGUCUGACCGCGUGCCAAGCACGUGCACACUUACCUCUACGGAGUCUACCCACAGACGCCAACAAAAAUUGUUUCUGCGCUCGAAUGACUAUUGCUGUUGUCAGCGACUCAGCCGCAGCCGGUGAUAACGUACAGCUUACAUACGUACAUGUAGCAAUUGAAUAUUCACAUACAUCAGUCGUAUGCAGAAACGUGUCAUUGUGUGUACGUGAUAAAGAGGCUACCCAGGAAGCAUACGAAGGUAAUGUAAUGAUGAAAAUGAGCUGCUAUAUCGAUCAGUGUCGUUGGUAUUGACGCCGUUUGUAAGUAACAGUCGCGGUAAGGUUGACGGUAUCAUCAUCCGGAAGAAUCAGCUUGCUCCAACUAUUACGGCGGUUAUUUCUAAGAAGCAAUAAAUAUCGUCAGCUCUCAGUCGGUCACAAAACAGAACCACUGAACAUGACAUCGAACUUAUUUCUCACCAAUGCUUUCUAUGAAUACGUUGGAGUACGGGAGUAUCUGUCAGGGAAAAACCUAUUCAUCACAGGAUGUACUGGAUUCGUCGGGAAGGUGCUUCUCGAAAAGAUAUUGCGUUCUUGCCCCGACGUAGCAUCGAUCUAUGUACUGGGACGCGAAAAGAAGGGCCAUUCCCUGCAGCAACGCUUUACAGAUAUAUUCAACAGUGCGUUAUUCGAUCGAGUACGCAAGGAAAAUCCGACGGCCAUAGAAAAGGUGAAAAUGAUUGAAGGAGACAUGCUACACGAAGGCCUCGGCAUAUACCCAUCCGACUUGCAGAAGCUCCGGAGCUGUAUCAACGUAGUCAUGCAUAACGCGGCCUCUGUGCGUUUUGACGAGCCGCUCCGAAACGCCGUUAGAAUGAAUCUUUUCGGUACAAAACGUAUCCUCGAGCUUUGCGCCACCCUUGAUAAGCUUGAGGUACUUGUGCACGUGUCUACAUGUUACGCCAACUGUGAUCUCGAUACGAUAGAAGAGAAAAUCUAUCCUCAAGAAUACGAGCCUGAACAGAUCAUGCGUAUGGUCGAAUGGCUCGACGAUGAAGCACUAGAAUCUGUUCAGAAGAAGCUUUUGGGCAACAAGCCAAACACAUACACCUUCACUAAAGGUCUAGCCGAGACAAUGAUCAAACAGUUCCACGACGCCGCCAUGACCCGGUAUGAGCAAUCGCACAAGGAGGCAUGCUCCCACAACAAAAACAACCACAACUCCGCUACUGUCAGACCUGAUGAAGAUGUGAAGCCUGCUUCUAUAAAGAAACCUUUUGCGAUAUCAAUCGUUAGACCUUCAAUUGUGGUCGGGUCUUUGGCUGAGCCGGUGCCGGGUUGGGUAGAUAACUACAAUGGUCCCAACGGCAUGGUACUUGCUACGGCUCUCGGCGUUCUUCGGUCCAUAUAUUCGAAGAAGGAGAUGCGCGCCGAUUUCAUUCCAGUCGAUAUUGUGGCGAAUACGAUUCUUGUGGUGGCCUGGCACACAGGCAUGUUCCGUCCUCAAAAUGUGCUCGUAUAUAACUGCGCUGCCGGCGAUCGCGCACCACCAUUAACUUGGGCCGAUUUCGAAAACUACCAAGGCACCCUAAUCGCAAAGGUUACAUUCAACAAGGCCUUCCGCUAUCCUAAAAUCCACCUGCGUGGUAACUGGAUUCUUCAUCGCACCUCGAUGCUGCUGGAACACUAUGUGCCCGCAUAUGUCAUGGACAAAAUAUACCAGCUUCUGGGUAAGGAGCCACAGUUCAUGAAAAUGUACGACAAACUGACCGCAAUGCAGAACGCGCUCACUUUUUUCACGACCAACCAGUGGUGCUUCCGUACUGAAAAGGUCGAGCGGCUAAGACUUUGUUUGAGUGACAGCGACCGCCAGGAGUUCUGCACCGAGGUGAGCAACAUUAGUUGGAUUUCCUUUCUACAUGAUUACGUGCGCGGUCUACGAGAUUUCGUCCUCAAGGAAAAUCAUAAGCACUCGUCCAAUUGGUUCCAACGGCUCUAUCUCUACGAACAGCUGAUCAAGGUGUUGGCUUAAAUAGCAUACAAGCAAUGUACAACUGAUAAAAAUGGGUAUAACAGCAAAGAAUCCUAUUGACCCUAUAUGAGAUUCGUUCUAGCUGUCAUGCUUAUUGGGACAUAGACAGCAGCUUUUCUUCUAUGGAAAGAGGGUUUGUUUUAUUUGAAAUCGCGAACUUUGGAGCUAUUUAGCAUUUCCAUUGGUACUUUUAGCCUACAUUUGACCAGGUAACUGUGGCUCGAGCCGUAUUCGUCAUAGAAUUUUUACUACAUUGUUCUUCCCGCGCUUAGUUAAAAAGGCCGCGAGAACCUCUUUUAGUCUUCACAGGCUUCAUCUAUUGUAAAUACACUUUUUUUAAACGAGAAAUAUCUAUGGAAAACUGAAGGCUUAAAGGAACUGCCAGGCGUUGGAAAUCGGGCAUACGGUAGCAAGCAGCUAAAAUGAUGUCAAAUACUUUAAUAAAAGGACGUUCAGUAGGCAAAGGGGAGAAGGUUCGGCACAAAUGUUCCUUCAGUGCUUUGGAUUACCGUUUCAGUGAAAACAAAAAGAAAUAAAUGUUUUUUACGUAUAUCUAGUAUAUAGUUUAUGUCUAUGUCGAUAUAAUUUCUACUGCUUCACUUUCCGUUUUCUCAUCACCCAAAAGUAUACUGAGACAUAUUGCCCUUAACGUUCGUAGUUUGUUCACUUGGCAUACAGUAUUUCCGAGUGCAAACCAUCCUAGAGAAAAAGAGAACUCGACCUCAAAACUACAGUUCCUUAAUGCUAAUUAACAUUAUUAGUUUGACUUCUAUCGCUAUUACCGCAUUUUAAAGUUAUCAACACUCUAUAAAGUUAAAUGCUAUUCCACAAGAAGAUCGCUUAGUGCGAUUCCUUUGGCUCGGCUUUCGAUAUAAUAUGUUUUUUAACUAAGUGAGUUGAUGAGUCCAAUCAAAGCUAUUUACUAGCUCACUGUUUCCAAUGCAUACGAUAAAGCUCCGCGUGUCGACUACUCAGAGUGUGGUUUGCUGACUCUUACACAUUGGUUUUCUAUGUCUUACGUGAUCCUGGUUGUCUCCGUUGUAUAUUUUCCUGCAGCAGGUACUCGAAGCGUAACCGUGCGGUAUUUCGUUACGUGAGAUCGUCGUUAAAGAUGAAAUAGCGAUAAACGUACUCACGUCGCGGAAUGAAAACAGUACAGCAAGUACAGAGUCUAUCAUAGAAGCAUUUUUAAACAACCAUCAAAUGAAAUAUGGAGAUAGCAAAAAAAGUAAAAUUUGCCAAAAUUAUUUUUUAACUGACUUGUAUAUAUAUAUAUAUUAUUCUUCAAAUUGUGAAAUUUUCGAAAAUAACUUUUUAAAAAAUAGCGUACUCGGAAAUCGAGUCUCCUUUCGAUUCGACCAGUCGUCGACCGCUACAAGAACACUGUAAUUCUGUGAAAUCCAAUCAUCCUAUUCAUAGCUGUGACAAAACACUUAUUUCUGGAUUUCGAUGUUGACCAUCUAAUGGAACAAGUUACUUGAUGCUUGAAAGUUGCACAUAAGGUCAUGCUAUAGCCCUGUUAAUUCUAAGGGCAUACGGCAUAGGUCGUGACAGAAUGAAACGCAGCCAUGACAAACUAAUACAAUACCACAGCGUACGUUGCUACCUGCCUAUCUGUCUAUCUAAUCUAAUCUAUCUAUCUAUCUAUUUGGGCUGAAGAGUUCUUUUCAAGGGAGAAAGCCGAGUGAAUCGAGAGACCUCGAUGAGGUAAAAUAAUAGCUGACAAAGAAUAGUUCGACGUGAAAAUCGUGAUAAGCUUAUCUCGCUCGUGUGAAAGGGGGUUGAAAAUGCGUUUUCAAUCUCUUUUUGAGCGAGUCUCUAAUUAAUAUCGAACGGAAAUUUGUUGCAUCUAAUGUGGCAAAUACUUUAAUUAAACAAUUUGCUCAAAAUACAUUAUCUAAAAGAUUUUUUUUUAACUAAUAAAUAUCGAAAUAACAAAAACGUACUUCUUACACGAACUUUGUUGACGCCGUUUGUUGGCACUGACUGAUAGAUCCUGACGAGCUAAAUAACAACGCAAUGAUUUUCCUGCGAUUAAAGUUUUUCGGCUUGAAAAAGACGAAAAACGGAAAGUAAUAGGGAGAAAUUCAUUUUUCGAUAAAACUUUAUGUAAGUGAGGUAUUUUUUGAUACCAAUUGAAAGUUCUCGAUGAGCUGAAUCGAAAUCCCGCAUUCUCAAGCUUCAGCUUCCUAAAUGCUAUUUGAUAGGUUGAAAAUCUAACAGGGUGUUUUAUGCAAGGGGAAGGCAUCGAUGAGCUAUAUAUUUAUAUUUUAAAGUAAGAAUUGCGAAAAUUCUAUUGGCCGUGUAAUUUUGCUCAGGUAACAAUGGGGCAAAAGGUGCUUUUCGGGAGUCUGUUGAACGAAUUUCUAAUAAAUGUUACUUGGAAAGUUGUACUUAUAGAGUUGGUUUAUCUUAACUCGUUUCUAGAAGAAAAUGUCAAAAUAUUAACGAAAUAUAGCAAAGGAUGAAAUAAAAUCUUCAAGCUGUUAACGUGUCAGGAACAAGGUCUAUACGCUAAUCGAGGCGUAUAAAAUAUGUGUUUCUCUUUUAUUAUGAAAAAAAAAAUAUUAAAAAAAAGCUUUGCUGUGUAAAUUUUGGAAACAAAAUCGAUACAUCCAGCCGAAAGACUAUCGUGAUUCAUUCAGUUCCAUAUAUGCAACCACUCAUUAUAAAAAGAAAAAAAGCAAAAAUUAAAUACUUCUAUGUUUUGGUGAUGUUUGAUAUAGUAUGAGUAAAUAUUUCCUGAGGAAAUGAAUAAAAACAGACUUACGUAUGUAACAAUAAGUCGUCGUUUUAUUUUCAGUGUAUUUGAAUUUUUGUAGAUAAGUAGUUGUUUGAAAAAUAGAUUACUGCUAAAGUUGGAUUAGAUUGAAAGAAUAUGGAUGAUCGGAUUCGAAAAAUCUAUUUAUUCUAUUGUGUCAUAUAGAGGUAAGUAGUCUGUUCAUAUCCUAGACAUAUACAUCUAACGGAGAUAUAAGUAUCUCUAAUAAGCGCUUUUCUAAACAUAAUUUUUUAAUAAAAAAACACUUCUUUAAAGACGAACAAACUCAUAUCAACUCUUGGGUGAGUUUUUCGUCAACCCAGCUCAUACUACGAUUGCGUUUUGGAAAACAAACGAUAAUGAAGAAAAGUCCGCUUGCAGCUUCGAAAGCAUUAUUAUUCCAUAGAACACAAUUUAAUUAGGUAUAAGGUGCCUCGUGGCCACCCUCAAUAUAAUAUCGGAUAAUGUAAGCAACGCACAUGUCUGGUGAUUUCGCGUCACUAUUGACCCAAAUUCAACAAAAACAAUAAUGAAACUAUUCUCUUUGUUGCCAUCUACCUGUUUGCAAGAGUCAUUUUGAUAAAGUGUAACAAUAGUCAGUGAUACGGACGUGCCUUGUCGCUUUGAGUUUCCCGCCAAAAACUACACAUGCGCCUCUCUGUGAGCGUACAGUAAUUGUAUGACCGACUAGUACCCUCUAAUAGUCAUAAACGCAGCAGCACUUAAGCUUCAAGGCUAUUUCGCUCAAAACACGAUUGGGUCCACCUCACUCAUCUCGAACGACAGAAACCAGGAGGCGCUCCAGUCGACCAACUGCCACGGACAAGUUAAAAUCGUUGAAAAACAAAAACUAAAUUGGCUGCCUUGGAGAAGUGAAAAGCGCAAUACGUUAUAAACCAACUGAGAACGACAUCUUCAUCGCAACCUUUCCGAAGUCCGGCACAACUUGGCUACA